GGUGACGCGGCGGCGGCCGGUCGGUCCCAGCAGCCCCAGCGCUGCCCGCAGUGACGGGCGGACAAAGGGGCGCCGCACCAGUCCGCACUAGCGGUCCCUGGCGGAAUUGCCAAAAUGCUUUGGAAUUCUUAAAUGAUUCAAAAACUGAAGUCUCUGAGGAUACAAAGUCAUAAGAACAGAAGAAGCAGCAAGGAGGAUUCAAUGCCAAUGCAGCAACAAAAAAGACAGCCAGAGUUAGUGGAAGGAAAUCUUCCUGUUUUUGUUUUUCCUACGGAACUUAUAUUUUAUGCAGAUGACCAGUCAACACACAAGCAGGUGUUGACUCUAUAUAACCCCUAUGAGUUUGCCUUAAAAUUCAAAGUUUUUUGUACAACUCCAAAUAAAUAUGCGGUGGUGGAUGCUACUGGUGCAGUGAAGCCUCAGUGCUGUGUUGAUAUUGUGAUUCGUCACAGAGACGUUCGGGCUUCUUACUAUGGUGUCAUAGAUAAAUUCCGUCUCCAAGUGUCUGAGCAGAGCCAGAGGAAAGCAUUAGGGAAAAAGGAGAUUAUUGCUACUCUGCUUCCAUCUGCAAAGGAACAGCAACAACAAAAGGAAGAGGAGGAAAAACGAAUAAAAGAACACCUGACUGAAAGUGUCUUUUUUGAGCAGACUUUGUGUCAACCAGAAAACAGAACUGCCUCGUCAGGACCUAGUUUACUCACAGUCUUCCUUGGGGUGGUGUGUGUUGCAGCACUAAUGCUACCUACAUUGGGGGAAAUGGAAUCCCUGGUGCCUCUCUACCUCCACUUAAGUGUGAAUCAAAAGUUAGUAGCUGCUUAUGUUUUAGAUUUGAAGAACAGUCACACUAAACUCAAUUCUCCUGUCCCACUACCUGGCAGAAAUGAGGAUUUAAAGGAAAAGAGCUAGGCAGCUCCAAACGGAUAGCUAGAGGUCUCAUCACCAUGGUUAUUUUGAGAACAUGAGCAGUGAGUUCAUAGGAUGUAAAACACCUUACUGUAUAUUCACAUCAUGAAUGUGGACUGCCUUUUACUCCCAUUUGGCUCAUUAAGAUGCUAGCAAAACAGUUCAGUGAUUUAAGAUACCUUCAGAAGUGUAAUAUAUUUUAACUGUGUAUAAUAAAUGAAAGACUCAAAGCACUUUGUGGUGCUUCUGUAACAGACAGCUAUGAAAUGUUCAGUGAUACCUGUGAAAAUAAUUUGAAAAAAACUUUUAUAUCUAUGCCUACUGUAAAAAAUCCUUAUUAAAACAACAUUUGUUAUUUUUAGUCUAUGUUCACAUCAGUGUGUGAUCACUAUAAAAGCAAACUGUCUUCUGUAAAAACGCUCAUUUGGUUUGUGGUUGUACCUGCCGAGGCUGGCACAUAACACUUCUGUAUAUACAUACCCAGAGGGGUGAGAGUCAUAACUGAUCAUUGAAGAAAAUAAAAAAUUCCAUCAGUGGAACUAUGAAAUAAACCAUGAAUUUUAGGUGAAGAA